AUGAUUUUGCAUACUCAUCAACAACAUUAUCAAUCCUAUUUAAACACAAGAAGAAGAAGUACAUUCUUCUAUGCUCUUCUUGUCUUGAUCAUUAUCGGUUGUUUCUGGUGUUGGAUUUCUUCAGAUCAUCAUCCUUCUCAAUAUGUUGUGGUCGAAGGACAAUCUCCCUCUCCUUACAGCAUUCAACAACAAGCAGUUCCUACUCCUGCUCAAAUUGAACAAAUCGUUCGAAUCAUCAUGCAAGUUCUAGCUCAGCAGCAAUCCGGAGGUGGAGGAUCCCAAGGUGGAGUGGGAGGUGGAGAUGAAGGAGGUGGAGAUGAAGGAGGUGGAGAUGAAGGAGGUGGAGAUGAAGGAGGUGGAGAUGAAGGAGGUGGAGAUGAAGGAGGUGGAGAUGAAGGAGGUGGAGAUGAAGGAGGUGGGGAUGAAGGAGGAGGACAACCCUCUGGUGGUGGUGGUGAACAACCACCAACAGGUGGAGGAGGGGAUGAGGGAGGUGGCGACGAUGGUGGAGGAGGUGGUGAGCCACCAGGUGGAGGAGGAGGUGGAGGCGAACCACCAAGUGGAGGAGGAGGUGGAGAAGAAGGUGGUGAGCCACCAAGUGGUGGAAAUGAGGGUCAAAGACCAUCGAAACCUCCUCAACCACCAGACAAAGAUCGACCUGGUCCAAGAAAACCUGGUGAUCGUCGUCGAGGAAGAAGACGAAGAGAUCGAAGACGUGAUCGUCGUCGAGGAAGAAGAAGAAGAGAUCGUCGUCGAGGAAGACGUCGUGAUCGUCGAGGAAGGAGAAGGGAUCGAAGAAGAGAUCGACGUCGUGGACGAAGAAGAGGAAGAAGACAGUCAAGAAGAAGACAAGGAAGGAGACGUGUUGGACCAAGAAGAAGAAGACAAGUAAGAAGACGGUCAAGAAGAAGACCCAUCAAUCGAAGAAGAAAUGUCAGACGUCGACGUAGAAAUGUGAAAGGCGAUCUCUCUCAUGUUCCAGCAAAUUCUCGAAGCAAUUCUUCUAUUAGAAGAAAUUCAAAAGCAGUGAGAGAGAGUCCUCCUUCUCCUUGGAGAGGAAUUCUUCCCAUUAGAAGAUAUUAUGUAUAA